GAAAUGUAAUUGAUUUUUCAGCGAUAACACAUAACGGGGAAUAGAAACAGCCACAAAAAAGCUUUUGAAGCUUACUCCCACUUUCGUUCCGUGCUUUUAGUUUCAUUGGGUCACUCGAGUGUGGUCGAUGUCUCUGUUGCUCUUUGCUCCGUUCUGUGCGUGUACAUAUGUUUGUAUGUAUGUUAUUGGCGCGAGCGGGUUUCGCAGCAACAACAAAUAGUUUACGUAUAAAUCACAUAUUUGGUGCAUAAAACAAUAAGCAAUAAGUUAAAUAGCAUAAUAAACUUGUGUUCACAGUUAUUUAUUAUUGAUUGCAUUCAUAUAACAAAAUACCCAAUUCGCAAGGUUUGAAAUCCAAUUGGAUACCAAACCAUAAAAUUAAUGUUAUAUGUACAUAUGUAUAUUUAAACUUAAUUUGUUCACUGCACGCGCAUAAUACGUGCUAAUCACAAUUGAUUAGGCUACAAGUGUGGCAACAACAAUAACUACAAAGAGCGUUAUCAAAAACGGAAGGUGACAACAUCGGGGAACAAUAAGCUCAACAAUAUUGUUUAAGUGAUCAACGAACUGUAUAAAACCAAAGUUUUACUUGAAAACUGAAAAACUGUUAAUGUACCUGCCAAUAUAUAAACACUAAACUACUAGCUAAUCUGCUGUUAAUUUAAGCUGUAGUAAUAUCGAUGCGGAAUGUAAUAACAAACAAGACGUAAAAAAAGUAGGGACAAAAAUAAACCACAGAACAUAAUGCCCAUCAAUCAGGAUAACCCAGAAACUAAACCUUUAAAUGGCAAUGACAACAACAAUGGAAAUGCUAAAAUAAAACCCAAGAUUCAACCAAAAUACAGUAUUCAUCGAGAUGUGCUUACUCACGAAGUAGUUAUUAGGGAGACAGGGUAUGCGGCCAGAGACAAGAGCAUACCUUCGUCCCUGCGCAGCUUCUGGCGUGGCUGGAAUUUGCUAUCAAUCUUUACCGGCGUAAUACCGAUUCUACAGUGGCUGCCUCAGUAUUCUGUCAAGAGGGACCUUAUUGGUGAUAUUAUAUCUGGAGUUACAGUUGCCAUUAUGAAUAUACCUCAUGGCAUGGCAUAUGGAAUGUUGGCUGGUGUUUCCGCUGGAAAUGGGCUCUAUAUGGCCGUUUUUCCCGUGCUUGUUUAUAUGUUUUUAGGCACUUCUAAACACAUCUCGAUCGGUACAUUUGCAGUAGCGAGUAUGAUGACGCAAAAAGUGGUACUGACCUAUGCAAAUGUGGACUCUUACGACCUUAUUGCAACAACAACAGCAGUGCCGAUGUUGCGGACUGACAAUGCAACUACAACAAUGUUACCGCCCAUAGAGAAUGUUAUAACACAUUUGGACGUGGCUACCUCACUUGCAUUAGUUGUGGGUAUUGUACAUUUGCUCAUGUCCUUUUUUAGGCUAGGCACGCUUGCCUCACUGCUGAGUGAACCACUGGUAAAUGGAUUUACCACAGCCGCCGCGUUUCAUGUCGUCACUGCACAGCUGAAGGACGUAGUGGGCAUUAAGGUGGAGCGCCAUAAGGGCGCCUUCAAAAUUAUCUACACUGUGAUAGAUGUGGUGAAAGGUGUACCAGAUACAAACCUCGUUAGCUUCGGCUUCUGUGUGGGGGUCAUCAUUUUUAUGACUAUAUGCAACGAGUGCAUAAAGCCGUGUUUAAGUAAACGAUGUCGUUUCCCUCUUCCCGGAGAGUUGAUCGUUGUUAUUGGGGGAACAUUGAUCUCAAAAUUCUGUCAGUUACACGAAGAGUUUAAUGUGCAGUUAGUAGGUACAAUACCAAGAGGAUUGCCAAAUCCAACAUUACCACGUCUGGAUCUGGUCCCACUGGUAGCAGUUGAUUCUAUUGCCAUUGCAAUAGUUACCUAUUCUAUUGUAAUGUCAAUGGGUUUGACAUUUGCCAAGAAACAUGGCUAUGAGGUGCGUGCUAAUCAGGAGCUCAUUGCCAUGGGUGUGGGUAAUGUUGUCGGUGGCUGCUUUUCUUGCCUACCAUUAGCCUGUUCUUUGUCCCGUUCAGUCAUACAGGAUCAAACGGGUGGAGUUUCUCAAAUAGCUUCGUUGGUAUCUGCCUCCCUAGUGGUCGUAACAUUAAUGUGGAUAGGACCCUUUUUUAGUGCUUUGCCUAGGUGCGUUUUGGCUGGCGUCAUAAUUGUUGCGUUAAAGCCAAUGUUUAUGCAGAUCAAGGAAUUGAAGAAGUUCUCCAAGCAAGGCAAACUCGAAAUGUUUACCUGGAUAUCGACAUUCUUGUGUGUGGUGCUCAUUGACAUUGAUAUUGGUCUGCUUAUUGGCGUUUGCGUAUCUUUACUGGCAUUGUAUAUUAAGGGCCUUAAGCCUUAUUCAUGCCUCCUUGGGUACAUGCCCGAAGCGCCUGGUAUCUAUAUGGACAUAAAUCAACAUCGUAAUGUAAUGCAAGUGCCAGAAACUUGCAUCUUUCGCUAUUGUGGCUCUCUCAACUUUGCCACAAGCCAGUUCUUUCGUCGUGCUCUCUAUGAGUCUUUGGGACUUGAUAAGAGCAAUACCAGUAGCAGCCAAACUGACAAGGCAAGGACAAACUAUGUGCUAGUUGCUCAGAACGGUGCCAACGAAACCAAUGGUCCAAUUGUUGACUAUUCGUUUAAGUUUCUAAUACUGGAUUUUUCCAUGUUGGGGCACAUCGAUGUAGCCGGAUGCAGCACAUUAAGUGAUAUCAAUAAGGAGCUAAAGGCGCGUUGUGCUCGGCUGCUGCUUGCUAAUCCCAUGGACCGCGUGUACGACACACUAGUACAUAGCAUGGCCCUUCGCGAAGGUCCAUUUGAAAUCUUCCCUACGUUACACGACGCCGUAGAGUAUGCGAUUGCCUGCCGAAGUUCGUGA